CCUGAUAUGGCGGACAUUAAUGAAAUGUGGCAACUUUAAGGUCAAAGCUAGAAUAACCAAAGCAAAACGACUGCGCACAAACUGGACCUUUGACAUGUUUUCCAAUUGGAUAGAGCGUAUUGUUGCUGAUCCUUUUUCAAAACUGGAAGGAUAUAUAGUUAACGGCAAUCUGUGGGAUAAGACGGACAAGAACUGGCUGAAAUGUUUCCACGCCACUAGGGCAACCAAGGCCGGUCUGAAGAGCCUCGUAGAAGAAGUUUCGUUUGGCGUUCAGCAAAUGAUUUAUUCUUCAAUAAUCCAUGCCCGGAACCUUGCACCUGGAUCAUUAUGCAACCUUUGUCUGACGGAGAACCUUCUAUUAUGUCCUACAAAAGGACUGUGCUCACAUCGUCGAAAUUGCAAAUAUCAUGACUCAUCACAGAAGAAAUUCCGACCUUGCCCCUCGCAGAUAUGCAAUGCCUUUUGGAAAAAAAUAGGGAGUUUUCACAGAUACAGUAAACCAUCUUGGAAAAAUACCAAAGCCGAUCAGUGGUGUACAAACCAUUGGCAAGUUGCCAAGUGUUUUAUGCCAUUGGAGGGCUACCAAGAUGUAUCCUCGUUCGACGAUACAGACUUCAAUGGAAUCAUAAACUUUAUGAUCAACUGUACAGAGAGCCAACGUUGUCUGUCGUUUAAUGUUGCCAGCAAACCUAACGUUCUAUAUGAGUCUCGGAAGAUUGGCCGUAAUCUCCGCCAUUCACCAGAUCUGAAGGUAACAGAUACAGACUUAGCUUCCUACUUUUCAACACUGAACUCGCUUCUGACAGACUCGAAAUAUCUUGCUAGUGACAGCAGUGCCCAGGAAGCUGUUAUCAAACUUAAUCAGCUUGAAAAAGACGCCAAUCGGACGGAUGCCGAAUAUGUCCAUGAAUAUCUUCAGGAAGUAAAAGCGACGAAGAAAGUGGUAACACUUGAAAUAUUGCAGUUUGUGAAAGCUACAGUUAAAUUCCAAAGCAGUCAUUGAAAUGAGCAAAUGUUGAUUACAUCGAGACCCUUGAUAUUGUCUCAAAACCUAAAGACACGUAAAAAGUCAACUACCUAGAGAUACAGGAAAGAUACAGGAAACGGCUGAUAUGCUAUGAAGCAGGAAUUCGUUUAUAAAGUGUUAAAUUAUCUUUAUAUUGUUAUCAUUAUUUUUUCCACAUUACACAACAGAAUUAAUAAUAUAACCAAUACAUGUAAACCAUAGAUAUGGUGGUUAUCAUGCGUUGUUCAUAUAAUAAGUGGAAGUGGUGCUCAUACAGAAAAACAGCUUAAAUGUAAUUCUUCUUUUAAUACAUUCCAUUUUCGCUCGUUGACUGUUAAUUUGUCAUUCAUAAAUGCAAUUUUAUGUUCGAGUUUAUAUGGUAAACCUACGUAGCUUUUAAAAUUUGUAAAGGUUAGAGUAAUAUCUCUAAGCUUCAUCAAAUAUUUUAACAACACAAUCAAGCAAUUGAGAUGACUACAAUUAUAAAAUUAGAUUAUUGAACAUAUCCGAAACUUAUUGUAUCAAUAUUAAGAGAAAUGGAUAUAUCUUUUGACAAAUAAGGUUAUUUAGAUUUUUUUCUACGAACUUCCAUCGUCUCUAUAUAUUUAUAACAGAAUGUGUUCGCUUGCAUCGAUGCAGGUAUCUGUUUGUUGGUAUAAGUCCAUAAUUGUAUUUGUACUGGAAGGUUCUUAUUGUAUUAUCAAUGGUACAAAAGAGAAUGUUGAUAUUUUAUUCCAUAUAUGUGUCUGGAAACUUGUUAGAAAUUGAUUCCAUUUAUCUUCUUUUCCUUGGUUUGCUUUAGGUGUUUUAUUAAUUGAGAUUUGUAUUCUUUUUUUCUUUCUUUUACAAAAUUUUGAACAAGUGAAACUAUGUCAUAUUUAACAGCUGAUUCCGCUUUCAAUUUCUGUUAUCUUACUUUAUAUACUUGCCGUAAGCUGAUACUAUUUGAGAAAAUCAGAAUUGCUGAUGGCUAAGAGAUGAUUUAUCUCGUCAAAUGUAUAAACCUCUUUUGAUCUGUAUGCCCAUUUUUUUCAUAUAUUUGAUACCUUUUUAAUACCAUUGAUCAUAGUAUAUAAUUCUUUCAUGUCAGAGUUGUUCCUUAAAAUUAUUUUACUUGAACUAUUAUUGCUUAUUUCAGACCAUGAUCAGAGCAAUUUUAACUAAACGUAUUGAAUUAGGAGACAUUUAAAAUGUUCAGAACCCAGAUAUUCUCAGAAACUUUGGAUUUUUUUGUAAAACAAUUAGUUAAUCACUUUAAAUGAACUUGCCAACGAAAAUAUUUACAAGUACGUUUUUUCUGUUGUUAUUAUUGUUUGUACAGCUGUCAUCUUUGAGCAAGUAUGUUGCAUAUGUCACCCCCCCCCCUCCCCUACGCUUGGAUAUCAAAUAUGUUGUUUAUCUUAUACCCUAAGCAAGUCGCCAUUAACCCACCACCGUAAAUUGAUUGUUCCAUGUAUAACUCUGUAUCAUAUUUCCACGUGUAUUUGCUUAACUGUAACAUGUGGUGAAAUAAAAUGGUU